UGAAAACAUUUCUACAAACUUCAGAAAUGAUCCGAAUCAACAACACCCAAUACUUCCACUUCCUGCAGCAGGCAGAUGCCUUACGGCGCUCAGGGUCCCUCUGCGAUGCCAUCAUCUCAGUGAAGAGUCAAACGUUCAGGGCUCAUCGGCUGGUACUGGCUUGUGCUAGCAGAAGACUAGCGCAGCAGCUCGCCCAGGGAGACAUCGACAGCCCGGUCCACUUAACUCUGGAGUAUUUCUCCCCACGCACCUUCCAGCAAGUUCUGGACUUCACCUACACGCAGACUCUUGAUGUGUCUGUGGAUGACCUGCACUCGCUGCUGAAAGCUGCUCAGCUGUUAGAGAUGCAGCAACUGGAGGACCAGUGUUGGAAGCAGCUGGGAAAUCUCGACUACAGAGCCAGAGAGGGUGUAAAAAGAAAAGAAAUGACAUGUGUCAGAGAAGAAGAAGAAGAAGAAGAAGAGAAUGAGCCUAAGCAAAAAGGGAGUCCAGUUCAAGAGAAGAGACUUCGAGUGACUUCUUCCCCAGUGGAGGAGGCAAGCGACUGCAUCAUCGUGGAAAACCUCUCAACAUCUGAUGCUGCCAAGAACCGGAACAGCAGCCCGCCAUCACCAAGAAAGAUACCCAAACUCUCCCCUGUGUCAGCAACGCUCUAUAACAGAGACAGUGUAAGCGCCCGGCCUGCCGACAGCAGUUCCUAUUUCUCUUCCCCCUGGAUCUUUCCUACAAACAUGUGGAGCUCCCUGACCACCCUCAGGCGAAUAACAGGGAACUAUCCAAGCUUAAUUGCUGCUCACCCCCUUCAGUCCCCAAACCAGUCCACUGUAGCAUUCCCAUUCUCAAUCUCCACCCCCCACAUGUUCCCCUUACUCGGCUCUCAUUUUCAAACCCCUGUUCAAAGCUCUAAAAUGGGUUUGGGCUUUUAUCCACAAUAUACACAAAACCUUUACGCUGGGUCUACAGGUAUGGGGAGCAUAAUCAAGCAAGGCCAGUUGAAAAGGGAAAAAAACAGCCAGAGAGCAUUUACUGGGACCAUUCCAGCCAGUGAACUGAGUAACCAUGAGGUACCCAAGGCCAGCAGAGAGAGAGCGAAAGACUGCCAACACUGCAGUGCAAGCUUCCUCGGUGCUCCAGUGCUGCGGGAGUCAGCCGCCUCACCACCAGGCGAGGCCUGUUCAGGGUGCCGCUUCGGUGGAAGAGGAGAUGUGCUGCAGCAUAAACCACAAUCCCAUCAACAAGAACACAGAAGGGAAAAACCCUACCAGUGCCACCACUGUCCCAAGAAGUUUAGUCUCAAACAUCAACUGGACACACACCACAGAGUCCACACCGGAGAGAAACCCUUUGAAUGUCGUCUCUGUGGUCAGCGCUCACGAGACUACUCGGCCAUGAUCAAGCACCUGCGGACUCAUGGUGGGGCCACGCCCUACCAGUGCACAGUGUGCCUGGAGUUCUGCAGUAGCCUGGUCGCCAUGCAGAGACACGUCAAGAGCCACGCAGUACAGGACUUCCCUCCCGAUUGGAGCAUCAACAGCACCUACCUGUACAACUCACACAUCUGAGGCUCACAACACAGACCCCACCGUCUACGCAGUUCUCAUUUAGUCUGUGCCUUUCGUGUGUUUUAAUUAUAUUUGAAGAACAGGGGACGGAUGAAUCCCAGAUGAUGUUUGAAAAACCAAGAAGGUCCUUUAACAACACUUACCGCUGUUUUAAAGUUAUAAUAAUAUACUACAGGCACACGCUGGGGCUAUCACAGGUGUUGCAAAACCGCUUUUGUAAACUUUGUGAGCUGGACGUAGGUUGGAAGCGCCCCCUGAGGGCAAGCACUGUAACAAUCAGGUUUUUUUCUGUAAUAGUUCUCACAAAUGCACCACGAUGUCCAGAUGGGACCAGUGGCUGAGAUAUUAAGUUUAGGGACGGACGAAACAUAUAAACUGUAAACAUUCAACGAUUCAGAUGAUACAGAAUCCAUCUGAAACAAAUCCUUUAUCUAUACUUCCUUUAAAACCGUGACAUUCCUGUCCUAAUCCUGUGUUAUUUCACUCUCAGAGAAAAGCAGAACGAGUGUCAGUCAACACCACCUUGAGACUUGGCAUGGUUUGUGAGACAAAAAUCUACCAAAUCCCAUAAAUGUUAAUAUUAACACAUCUGAGGAGGACUGUAUUUAUGCAACAUUGACAAUGAAGAAUGCCGUGGGCAACUUUAAAUGUCACUUUACAGCUCAAUAAAGUGCUCUGGUUCAUUGAGAUAAGAAUAGCAGAGCUCAGGCAGUUAUGUCUGCCUGUUACAAACAUUUGUCCAGCUUUUUCUUCUUUUUCAUCUGCCUAUUUCAGUUCAAAAG